GUUCGGCGUGGGCAGGGGGCGCCAGCACCGGCCACCCAGCGCGGACUUCGGCCAGGUCCUUUGGCCGGCGGGGCGCAGUGGGACCCCCUUCGUGUCAAACCGUGCCCCGGAGCCCAGCACGUGUCGGGGCUGCGACCUCACUGCUUGUUAUGCUGAGAAGCAUUAGCAACGGCCUUCAUAGAGAAUGAGGAAAGCCUUCGGUAGAAUCCCUGUGGGCGUUUGCUUUUUGCCCACACUUAACUGUUGGUAGGAAGACAUAGCUGAAGAGAGAGGGAUAGCAUUCUUAAACCCCUUGGUGGCUCAGCUGUGCUUCAAAGAUAUGAGCGAAUGCUGCAGAAAUAGCAGGGAGAUCCAAAGGGCUGCGCAGGGCCUGUGGCUCAGCCUUAUUUCAUACUUGCCACAUCUCUUAGGAGAAGUUGAAUUUGCACCAAGACCUAAUGAUCUGCUUUGAAUUUGGAAAGCAUCUUUUUUGGCAACAAUGUAGAAGAGCAAAGAGAAGGAGUGGGGAGGCAAUUGCUAGAGCAAAAUCCCUGGGGAGGGAAUGGGGUCUACCCAGCUCAGCUGGAAGAAUUCUCCCUAGAUAGGGCAGAGCAGUCUCUUCCACCCGGGACAGGUGGAAAGGAAGGGAGUAAACAGUGAUCCGUUGUAGGUGCGCCAAGUGCUUCUGUUAUCCUACAAAGCGAAGAAUAAGAAAGAGACCCCGAAACCUAACCAUCCUGAGUCUCCCUGAAGAUGUGCUCUUUCACAUCAUGAAGUGGCUUCCUGUUGGGGACAUCCUCGCUGUCAGAGCUGUACACUCCCACCUGAAGUACCUGGUGGACAACCAUACCAGCGUGUGGGCCUGUGCCAGUUUCCAGGAGCUGUGGCCUUCUCCAGAGAACCUCGAGCUGUUUGAAAGGGCUGCUGAAAAGGGAAAUUUUGAAGCUGCUGUGAAGCUCGGCAUAGCCUACCUCUACAAUGAAGGCUUGUCCGUGUCCGAUGAGGCCCGUGCGGAAGUGAACGGGCUGAAGGCCUCACGCUUCUUCAGCCUUGCCGAGCGCCUGAACAUGGGUGCCACACCCUUCAUCUGGCUCUUCAUCCGCCCACCCUGGUCAGACUCCGGGAGCUGCUGCAAGGCUGUGGUUCACGGUAGCCUCCACACCGAGUGCCAGCUACAGAGGGCCCAUCGCGCAGCCAUCCUGCACUGUCUGGGGAGGGUGCUGAGCCUCUUCGAGGAUGAAGAGAAGCAGCAGCAGGCCCUUGCCCUGUUUGCAGAGUCCGCCAGCCAGGGCUGCUUGCCCAGCGCAUACCUGCUCUGGGAGCGUGACCAGAGGACAGAGAUGUCCGAUCCUGGAAGGUUCCUCCACAGCUUCCGGAAACUCAGGGACUAUGCUGCCAAAGGCUGCUGGGAAGCACAGCUGUCCUUGGCCAAAGCCUGUGCAAAUGGGAGCCAGCUUGGCCUAGAGGAGAAAGCUUGCAGUGAGAUCGUCUGCCAGCUCUUCCAGGCUUCCCGCGCCACCAGUAAGCAGCGGAUCUUUUCUGUGCAGAAGGGGCUCAACGACAUGAUGAGGUACAUUUUGAUCGACUGGCUGGUGGAGGUCGCCACCAUGAAGGACUUCACAAGCCUGUGCCUUCACCUGACUGUGGAGUGCGUGGACCGUUACCUACGGCGGAGGCUGGUGCCCCGGCACCAGCUCCAGCUGCUGGGCAUCGCCUGCAUGGUCAUCUGCACCAGGUUCAUCAGCAAGGAGAUCCUGACGAUCCGAGAGGCCGUGUGGCUCACUGACAACACCUACAAGUAUGAAGACCUGGUGAGGACCAUGGGCGAGAUCGUCGCUGCCCUGGAGGGGAAGAUCCGGAUCCCCACUGUGGUCGACUACAAAGAUGUCCUGAUGGCGCUGGUCCCCAUGGCACGCAGGACCCAGCACCUGUGCAGCCUGCUAUGCGAGCUUUCCCUGCUACACACCAGCCUCUCUGCCUACGCCCCUGCCCACCUGGCAGCUGCUGCCCUGCUCCUGGCCAGGCUGAUACAUGGGCAGACACAGGCCUGGACCCCUCAGCUCUGGGACCUCACCGGGUUCUCCUAUGAAGACCUCGUGCCCUGUGUCUUGAGCCUUCAUAAAAAGUGCUUCCACGAUGAUGCCCCCAAGGACUACAGGCAGGUUUCUCUGACUGCUGUGAAGCAGCGAUUUGAGGACAAGCGCUAUGAGGGAAUCAGUCAGGAAGAGGUGAUUAGCUACAGCCAGUUGUGCACGUUGUUAGGCAUGAAACAGGAGAACCCAGAACCCGUGUCUUUUCUCAGUGCGGGGGAAAUCCAUGCCUUCCUCAGCUCUCCCUCUGGAAGGAGGACCAAACGGAAGCGGGAGAACAGCAUGCAGGAAGGCCGUGGCAGCUUUGUGACCACCCCCACGGCUGAGCUCUCCAGCCAGGAGGAGACGCUGCUGGGCAGCUUCCUGGACUGGAGCCUGGACUACUGCUCUGGCUAUGAGGGCGACCGGGAGAGCGAGGGCGAGAAGGAGGGCGAUGUGAUGGCUCCCAGCAGCGUCCUUGAUGUCACCAUGGUCUACCUGAACCCAGAGCAGCACUGCUGCCAGGAGUCGAGUGAUGAGGAGGCCUGCCCAGAGGAGGAGGCCCUCCAGGGCCCACCUGCCACAGCACCAAGCCCCCAGACCCCACAGACCCCAGGGGCCAAGCCCCCUCCCUGCAGCAAGCAGGGGCUGAGCAAGGACACCAUGACCUCAGGGUACUCCUCUAUCAGCAGCAGCACCAGUCCCACCAGCUCCAGGGAUGCCGGCCCCCUCCCACCUACCUCAGCGCUGUCUCUGGGCAGCGGCUUGAACCCACACCCCUGCUGCUGUAACACCAGGAAAUCAUGUUUACAGUGCUGUCCCCCCAAACCCCCUGACAGCAGCGGGCACAGACAACAGGCAAAACGGAAACACACAGCAGAGCACAGUGGCGGGGGCGUGACCUUGGGCUUCCCAACACUGUGAAUGCUGCACAGGUGUGUGCAGUGAAUGUUUACUGGGGGUACUGCUUCACUGAGGAGAAAAAGGGAGGGGGCCCUGAAAUGGAUGCCACCAUGUCCUCCCGCCAUGGCCAUUGGAUGGCAGUGGGAGGCCAACUUGUCAGCACCAAGUUUCUUUCCCAGGGGGUUCCAUACAGGCAUCCAAAUAUCCAGACCUGAAGGAAACAUUGAGAUUCUGUCUCCCAGGAUGCCAAGCCCCAGAGCAAUCGCGCUGUGCUUCCUGAAGCCUGCACUCUGCCUCUCCCUGUGCCUCUUCUCCGGCAGCUUUAGCCCACAUCCUGGUCUUCCCAGCCCCCACAACACCUGGGACCAGGUAGCCUGUGCAGUGUCCCCCUUCCCUUGUUUGUCCCUCCUAGUCGUGAGGGGGAGCUGCUGACAGCUUGGAGCACAUCUCCUUUCUGGCGCCCACCUUGGCCUGUGGCCUGACAGCUUCUGCCUUCAUUUGGCAGUGGGUCCCGUGAUGAGGGGGCUGUGUCCCCUAAUGUCAGCAUGGGCUAGGCUGUGACUGCCAGGUCUGGGGUCCUGGCUCUGUGCUCCCCACUCCAGCCUGUCUACCUUGGGAAUCUGGUCCCCUCUUCCAGAACUGCCUGCCCUUCCAUCCCCGUGUCCCCACAGACAACAUCUACGUGAACUCUCUGCACUGAAUUUCUAUGCUGCCUUUACCGUCUUUACCCUUCACUGCUCUUCUAGAUGAAACAAAAGAAGACUUAAGAAUCAAGGGUAUUUGACAGAGACAAGAAGUCCCUGGCGUUCUUAGGCUCACCCAAAAGGGGAUAUCGGACUCAAGCCCCUCAAGCUAUUAGACAGUUAUGAGUCAGAAUCAACUCGACGGCAACCGGUUUCGUUGUUUCUGCUUUUUUUAAUACAAAAAUAAUUUUCCCCAUGAGGUUAGCCAGAAAAUAAAGUCAUUUGUAACAUCUGAGGGGACCAAGACGCAGAGGGACAGAGAGACUGAGCCUUGCAGCUGUCAUGCCACACAGCAUGAAGCCUGUCUCCAUCCCCUCUGGUGUCCUGGAGUGAUCCGUCACUGUGUAUCUCCUCUUGAUUCCCAUGGGAAGAAAGCCAGCCAUCUGCCCUUUGAAGUCAUAAGAAAUAACGUGGCAGCAGCCAAAACAUCUGGGAUGCCCCAGGGGCCAGCCAUGAGGUUUCUCCCAGGUCAAGUUGACCACUGACGCACUUAGCCCACUGUGAUAUGCUUUUGCUUCCUCUUGAAAUGUAAGAAAGAACCACUUGGCUGGUAGCAUCCACAAUGCUCUUGAACAGAUGUACGGGGAUGUGGAGGUGCUGACCUGAUGGUCACUUUCCUGUCUGCUUCUCCUGUGCGCAUCAUGCCCCCACAGCAGCUGUCUUCUGGCCCCUGUAAGAACCCCACACCCCAAGGGGCAUGGCUGGCAUAAGGAAUCACAGACCUCUCCUGUAGACUGCCCGUGGUGUGCGUUUUGACCUCUUGAGCCUCAGUCUCUUCAUCUGUAAGAUGGGGUGGCAAUACCUACCUCACAGGGAUGUUGUGAGGAUUAAAUGUGAUGAGGAUAGUGUCAAACAA